AUGGCAACUGUUGGGCGAAGCACGCAGGAGACCACGUCUCAAGGCCAAGAUGGGCAGCACCGCAUGCGCGUCGAUGCCAAGUACAACCAGCUGAGCGAGUACAAGCCGAAGCUGCGCAAGGUCAUGCUGGUGCUGAAUGCCUUCUAUCUCAUCACCGCCAUCGUCUCCGCAUAUGUGUACAAGCAGAACGGCUCCACCUACCUGCACCCUGCCAUCUUCGCCGGCCUCGGGCUGCAGGUGCUGGCCAGCCGCGCCCUCAAGCGCAACAGCGCAGGCAUCCUCGUCCUGUUCUCCACCCUCACCUCCGUCGCGGGCGCGUACCUGGUGUAUGCGGGCGUGGGCCGCACCAUGACCGUCAUCGAGAUUGCCGGCGCGUCGCCGUUCACCAUCUUCCUGCUCGUCGUCAACGCAUUGGGGGCUCUCGGCCAUCUUGUUGCCGUGUACUACGCUCGUCGCCUCGUCGAUGCCAUGCGCAUCACCGCCAGGCAGCGACCAACCAAGUCCAAGAAGGCCCAAUGA